GUCCCAGAUAGACCCUGGGCAAUUCCUUAAUUAGUUUUCCCCUUGAUGACCAUUGUCCGGUUCCCAGGUUCCAUGUUUCUGGAGUAUAUUCCAUGUUUUACGGAACUAAACUUCAAAUGGCAUUGAGACGUUCAUGUGGUGGUUUUAUCUCUGGAGGAUUUCCCACUGAAGAAGCACAAUGGAGUUCAAUCAGUUGCUGUAACCCUUUCCUCUAUGUGGUUAGGACACCAAUAGCAACUUGGUAGAUCAGCUCGUUAGUUCUUAGGGCUACACGUAUGCACACAUACAUACAUUCUUUGGUGGCAGAAGCAAUUUCUGUGCCACCCUUUCCCUCCUGCGUUGUGAGUCACUAGGAAACCACCUAAUUGACCAUCUUCUUGGACACUCAGGUGGUACUCCAGUCUGACUACCGUAAUGAUGGUGCAAACGCUGUGUUCACGUGUUUCAGUCCUGAGACUGCACCUUUGACAUGGGAUUCAAGAACUGCAAUGGUGAACAUACCGUGAUAUUUCUAGAUGUGACCAAACCACCCUCCCUCACCAAUGUCAAUUUUAUUCUUCCAUCACUAUUGCAGGCCAGUCGGUUUUGUUUAGGAGUUAGAGAUGGAGUCACUAUAUCUUCAGAAGUGCCUGGGGACAUGCCUAACUCAAGGUCUCGCAGAAGUGGCAAGAGUUCGCCCAAUGGAUCCAAUCGAAUAUUUAGCCUUGUGGAUUGCUAAGUAUAAGGACAUUGUGACCUUGGAGCAGCAGAGACAGAAAGAGAUGAUUGAUUUGGAGCAUGAGAGACAAUUAGCACGGAUGGAGCAGGAAAUGAUGGAGCGACUCAAAGCAGAGGAACUCUUGUUUCAGCAGCAGCAGCUGGCAAUCCAACUGGAGCUGGAAAUGCAAGAAAAAGAGAAACAGAAGACAGAAGAACUCCAGCGAGCUCAAGAAUUAAAUAAGGAGAUGAGUAUUGAAAGCAUGACUAGGGGUGAGGAGCCCAUCCUGUCAGAGGAAGUGAUGAUGGACUCGGGCAAAACCCUAGCUGAGAUAAGUGAUCGGUACGGGGCUCCCAACUUGAGCAGAGUGGAAGAACUUGAUGAGCCCAUGUUAUCUGAUGUAAGUAUCAAAACGUAUCCCAGAAGAGACUGUAUUUCAUGUUGAUGAAGUCUAGCAUAUGAGAGGUGGGGUGACAAAUAAUGCUUUGCCCUCAUGCAAAGAAGAC